AGCAUGAUUGAUGAGCUGCCAACACUUGACUUCAUGAGUAACGUUCUGUCAUGGAAGCUCACUUAUUCAAAGAUGGCUAAAGCUGGUUUUGUGCACUGCCCCAGUGACAAUGAACCAGACGUUGCCUGCUGUUUCUUCUGUCUGAUCGAACUCGAGGGCUGGGAACCAGAUGAUGAUCCAUGGUUUGAGCACACCAAGCGCUCACCCACUUGUGGAUUCCUAUCCAUGAAGAAAGCAGAUUUCACAGAGCUGACCGUGUCUGAAUACUGUCAACUGGAAGGCGAAAGGCUGAAGAGCUACAUUAGGAAGAUUUCUCAUAAGAUGAUGGCAUACUUGCGUGACGACAUGGAUAAAGUGCUUGAUCGCCUAAAAUCUCAGCUGGAGACAAUAUAAUAGCUGUUACUCAUAAAUGUAAAGUAUAAAUGCCAAAAAAAAAAAAAUGUUCCUAUGAAAAUGCAUUUUAACUAAUAAAGUUUUAGUUUGCAGUAC